AUCAAUAUUUGUCUUCAACUCAAUUUUUUUUGUGGAAGAAUGGCUCCUACUCAAUUCAUCCAUUGCCAUGAAUGCACAACUCGAGUUGCAUUCUCCGACGACGAAAUCCCUCCUCUUCUUAUGGCACUUGCUCGAAUCUUGUGUAUGAAAUGGGGAGAAGUUAGUUUGUCGAAUGAAGGCACUAAUGAGCAAAAUGUUGAUCAAGAAUUAGGGGUAAAUGAUGAUCAAGAUGGAGAUGCUAAUGAUAUGAGAUUGGAGGAGCUUAUUUGCUGGAAUGAUGUAACAUUGCUUCAUCUUAAUGAACAAGAUGGAAAUGCUAAUGAACAGGUUCCUAGUGAUCAAGAUUUGGGCACUAAUGAGCAAAAUGUUGAUCAAUAUGGAGAUGCUAAUGAUCAAGAUUUGGGCGUUAAUGAGCAAAAUGUUGAUCAAGAUUUGGGCGUUAAUGAGCAAAAUGCUUAUGAAGAUGGAGAUGGUAAUGAAGAGGAUCCUAAUGAACAAGAUUUAGGCGCUAAUGCUGAUCAAGAUGCAGGAGAUGGUACUAAACGAGAUAUAGAAAAGAAACUGUUCAGGAUGGAGUUAGAAUUGAUCACGAUGAAGGCAGAACUUACGAAGAUGAGGCUGCAACUGAUCACGAUGGAGAUACAACUGCUCGAGACGGAGGACAUACUGCUCAACUUUCUCAGGAAGAAUAAACAUGAUCAAGAUGGAGACGCUACUGAUCAAGAUGAAGGCACAACGAAUCAAGAUAAAGGCACAAUGAAUCAAGAUGGAGACACAACUGAUCAAGAUGAAGACGCUACUGAUGAAGAUGCUACUCAUCAAGACGCUACUGAUCAAGAUGCUACUGAUGAAGACGCUACUGAUCAAGAUGCUACUGAUGAAGACGCUACUGAUGAAGACGCUACUCAUCAAGACGCUACUGAUCAAGAUGCUACUGAUGAAGACGCUACUGAUCAAGAUGCUACUGAUCAAGAUGCUACUGAUCAAGAUGGAGACGCUCCAAUGAACUGAAUGAAGACAUUGAUAUUCUGCUUAUACAAAAUACUAGAAUUCAUAGUUGUGUGAUAUUCUAUUUUCAAUUUCUGUUUUGUGAUAUUCUGUUUGAGACUGAACUUUUUACAUGUUCUGCAUAUGCUUCUUAGUUUGUUUUUAAUUUCUUGAUACAAUUCAUCUGUCAAGCAUUUGAGUAUAAUCAACUACUUAGAUUUUGCUUGACAGUAAAUGACACUCAACUUUAGCUUGUGGAUGAUUUUUUUCAAAGCCACAAUGCUAGUGUUAUAAGAAUGGAGCUUUUAGGAAACUGUUAUAGUA